AUGAAGGCAAUAGCAGCGGCAGCUAUCGCCUCCCACUCCUCCCUGCGCGAUACCGUGGCUGCCGGCGGCCUCGUCAGCGCCGCGGUGCUUCUGCUCAGCGCCACCGGCCUCCUCCGCCGGCUGACCGACUUCAUCCCCGUCCCCGUCGUCAAGGGCAUCCAGUUCGGCGCCGGCCUGUCCCUCAUCAUCUCGGCCGGGUCCACCCUGCUCCGGGACCUCCCCUGGGUCGCCGACCCCUUCGACAACCGCCUCUGGGCCCUGCUAGCCUUCCUCGCCCUCGUCCUCACGCAGAAGCGCCCCACGCGGCGCUUCCCCUACGCCCUCGUCAUGUUCCUCCUCGGCCUCGUCCUGUCCCUCGUCGCCGUCGUCGUCGGCACCACCGCCCACCGCGGCGCGCGCCUGCCCUCCCCGGCCCUCUGGCGGCCCCGCGCCCUGCUCCCGGCCUUCGCCUCCGCCGACGCCUGGUCCAUGGCCGUCGCGCAGCUGCCCCUCACGACGCUCAACUCGGUCGUCGCCGUCGCGAGCCUGGCCGCCGACCUCUUCCCGGACUACGGCCGCGCGCCGUCCGUCACGGCCAUGGGCCUGAGCGUCGGCGCCAUGAACCUCGCGGGCUGCUGGUUCGGCGCCAUGCCCGUGUGCCACGGCGCCGGCGGCCUGGCGGCGCAGUACCGCUUCGGGGCGCGCAGCGGCGCCAGCGUCGCGCUGCUCGGCCUGUCCAAGGUGGCGCUCGGCCUGGCGUUCGGCGAGACGCUGCUGGACCUCAUGCGGUGCUUCCCCCGCGCCGUCCUGGGCGUCAUGGUCGUCGCCGCGGGGCUGGAGCUGGCGGCCGUGGGCCAGAGCCUGAACCACGGCGCGCCUGACCUGUGGGAGGAGGCGCUGGCGGCAGACGGGGCCGGCGGGACGGGCGACGCGGCCGCGGCGGCGCAGAGGAUGGUCGCGGGGUUCAAGAGGCACAGAGACAUUUCGGACGAGGAGCGCCGGGAGCGGUGGACGGUCAUGCUGAUGACGACGGCGGGCAUCCUCGCGUUCAAGAACGACGGCGUGGGCUUUGCUGCUGGUAUGUUGUGCUUUUGGGCAUACAGGCUAUCUGACUGGCUGGACCGGAAGACUGGGGGCCGUCUGUCUGCUCCCGAGUCUCGUCCGCUACUGCAUUGA